UCAAUUUCAUGAUCGUGAAAAUAGAUAAGAAAGUUGACAGACGAGUUUAUAUGUACUACUGAAGUGAAAUUCACGUAUGACCAUGAUAUUUACUAGUCUUAAGUAGCCUAAGCACUUUUUGUAAACACAUUAUCCUAAAUAGUUGUGCUUAUGCCCCAUCAUUUUUUCGCAGGUAGGUCCUUCCGAUCAAUCAUACUUCCCCAGAUUCAGUUGCACAAGUUUGGAGAAUCAAAGACUACUUUUAAAAUACUAUUAAAGUAUUAUUAUCUAGCACUAUCACUGUACCAGCAGUUUCUUGACAGUUUCUGUAUCUCGCAAGACUUGCUAUAUAAUCUGCAUAGAGGGGUAGCCUGUAUGUUGCAUUGAAAUUUGUAAUAUCACGAUACUGAUUUGAUUCACUGAUACAUCUUAUCCAAUUUAAUUUUCACAUUUAAACGUUACUUAAGGCACCAUUAUUAUGAGAGCUUUACAAAAGUAAAGAUUUACUGCAUCUACUCGGCUAUGAAAAUGAUUAUUUCAGGGAGAUAAAGUGUCGGUACACAUCUAAAUCAUAUGAUAUUUUGUGUGCUGAAUUGGUGUCCUGCUCAGCAACAGUGAAAAGUAUUGAUCAUUUGAUGUAAAUGUCUUAGGAGUUGGAAAUUUAUGAUCUUUACCUAGUAUUCAGUAAAACCUACUAGAAUUUGUAAAGAGAAGUGAAAAGGAAAAAUUCGAAAAAAUGGCUGAUCUAGAAGCUGUUCUGGCAGAUGUUAGCUACCUCAUGGCUAUGGAAAAGAGUAAAUCUACCCCAGCAGCAAGAGCAAGCAAAAGAAUUAUUUUACCAGAUCCAAGUGUGCGUAAUGUUAUGCACAAACAUUUAGAAAAAAUGGGAGAGGUGACUUUUGACAAGAUCUUUAACCAAAAAUUAGGUUACCUCCUCUUCAAAGAAUUCUGUGAAAUGCUAUGUGAUGAGCCAAUUCCUCAAUUAAAAUUCUAUGAGGAGAUUAAAAGCUAUGAAAAGCUAGAUACAGUAGAAGAAAGAAGGGAUGCAGCAAGGAAGAUCUAUGAUAACUUUAUCAUGAAGGAGCUUUUGUCUCAUUCCCAUAAUUACUCCAAAGAAGCUAUUAGUCAUGUCCAGAAAUACCUCAUGAAAAAUGAAGUUCCCGUUAAUUUAUUUCAGCCGUACAUAGAAGAGGUUUUUAGCCAUCUACGUGGAGACGUAUUUAGAAAAUUUGUAGAAAGUGAAAAAUAUACCAGGUUCUGUCAGUGGAAAAAUCUAGAACUAAAUAUCCAGCUAACCAUGAAUGAUUUUAGUGUUCAUAGAAUAAUUGGUAGAGGGGGAUUUGGUGAAGUUUAUGGCUGUAGAAAGGCAGAUACUGGAAAAAUGUAUGCUAUGAAGUGUCUUGAUAAAAAGAGGAUUAAAAUGAAACAAGGAGAAACACUGGCUUUAAAUGAACGAAUCAUGUUGAGUCUAGUCAGUACUGGGGAGGACUGUCCUUUCAUAGUGUGUAUGACAUAUGCAUUUCAAACCCCUGACAAAUUAUGUUUUAUUCUGGAAUUAAUGAAUGGUGGAGACCUACACUAUCAUUUAUCUCAGCACGGAGUUUUUAAUGAGCAAGAAAUGAAGUUUUAUGCAGCAGAAGUUAUCUUGGGACUAGAACACAUGCAUAAAAGAUAUGUAGUUUACAGAGACUUAAAGCCAGCAAACAUCUUACUGGAUGAGAAUGGCCAUGUCAGGAUAUCUGAUCUGGGGUUAGCUUGUGAUUUUUCUAAGAAAAAGCCUCAUGCAUGUGUAGGCACUCAUGGAUAUAUGGCUCCUGAAGUCUUAUCUAAAGGAACAGCUUAUGACUCUAGUGCUGACUGGUUUUCUCUUGGCUGUAUGCUCUACAAACUGCUCAAAGGACACAGUCCAUUCCGGCAACAUAAAACCAAAGACAAACAUGAGAUUGACCGAUUGACAAUGACAAUGAACUUUGAGUUACCAGACUGUUUUUCUCCUGAACUGAAGUCCUUGUUAGAGGGACUGUUACACAGAGAGAUAGACCAUAGGCUGGGAUGUAAAGGCAAAGGAUCUGAGGAGGUUAAGGAGCAUGCAUUUUUUAAAGGGAUAGAUUGGCCAUUAGUAUACCUACAGAAAUAUUCCCCUCCACUCCUUCCUCCAAGGGGUGAAGUGAAUGCUGCUGAUGCAUUUGAUAUAGGUUCAUUUGAUGAAGAGGACACACGAGGAAUCAAGCUGACUGAAGCUGACCAAGAACUCUACAGAAACUUCCCUGUGGUCAUUUCUGAUCGAUGGCAACAAGAAAUAGCUGAGACAGUGUUUGAUGCCAUUAAUCAAGAGGCAGACAAGAUGGCUCAGAAGAGGAAAGCCAAAAUGAAAAUGAUCUUUGAAGAUGAAAAAGAGUCUGACUGCAUCAUUCAUGGUUUUAUCAAAAAGCUUGGAGGACCAUUUGCUUCUGCCUGGCUGACUAGAUAUGGUAAACUUUAUCCAAACAGAAUGGAACUACAUACAGAAUCAGGAAGCAAUAAACCAGAUCUAAUAUUCAUGGACCAAGUGGAAGAUGUUUGUUCUGACUAUGUCCAAAUAAAGGGAGAACACUGCAUUGUGCUGAAGAUGAGAGGAGACCGAGAUGCACGUGUCGUCCUGACAAACACUGAUGAGAUAGGAUUGAAAGAAUGGCUCAUAUCUCUUAAGUCUACCUACAAGAACUCAUUGGAGCUGUUAGGCAGCAUGGCAAAGAAAGCAGGGAAGAUUUAUGGGACUGAUGCCAACAGUAAGAACAGUGUAGCCAUUAGACAUCCAAAUGGCAAUUAACAGGAUCAUCUACCACAAAAUCUUCAGAGAGAGAAGUGGAAGCAAUGUGUUGUAAUGAAUAUAUGUAUAGUAACCAGAUGAAGAAUGUGUAUAAACUGAACAGUUGUGGUUUCCACAAUUUCCCUCACAAUGAAAGUAGUUUAUAAGCCCAUCACUUGAUUUAUAGAUAUAAGCAAAAGCGCUUCUACAGUAUUUACCUUGCUGCUCCAUAUAUGUGCUUAUAUUCACUUUUCUUUUCUCUUCUAAUUAAAACAAACACAUGUUUUAAAGACCUGCAAUUUAACAAAAAUCACUAUAAAGGUUAAAAAAUUUGUAUUAAAAAAAGUUACUGCUUCAUUUAAUUAAACACCAAAUUUUGAUCAACAGAAAUUAAUGUAUGUUUCACAAAAUUUUGAUAUAAGUGCACAGUGUUAUUGGAAAAACUACAUGAAAAGCUGCCAUAGAUAAGUGUAUGGGAUAUUUUGUUUUUGUAAUUUUUGAAAGUCUCUCAUUUAACAGCAUAGUAUACAUUGAUUUGGAAGAUAAAAAUACAUUGUAAGCAUUUCUUGUGCCAGUAUUUGGAUUUCAAUCAAAAAGGUUCUUUCAAAGUAAGAAAAAGCAUCAAGUCCUAUGGCUAAAAAUAAUAAAAUUAAGGCAUUAAUCAUUGGGUUAAAGUACUUCCUUCAAAAUAAGACCUGCAGUACUUACCCAGAAAAAAGAAUAAGAUUAAUCCCUUUUAAGUCAUUGGACAUAGCACAAAUUUUGUAGUUGUUCUUCAGGAGAGGUUUUAUGCACUCCUUUUAAAAGGCAAGAUGCACAAAUGUUCCAAUGAGGAAAAAAAUGACAGUGAGUGGAAGGUAUUUUAAUGUUUAUUUUAUAAUAGUGCUAGAAAGCUCAUUCAUGUGUACUAUUUCUAGCAAUGUGUUUAGGCUGUUAUUUGUAUUUAUUCAAAUUAUUUUGACUUUUCAACUUAUAAACCUGUGCAAAGUCAGAAUUUCUAAAACAGUUGCUCACUUAAUUCUGCUAUAAGCUUUGUGAUAAUAAAUAUAUAACACAAAUAACUGUGUAGAUGGCUUAAGUUAUUGUCAGGAAAAAGUUGUAGAUUGUUCUAUAAAAUCAGACUUUCAUAUUUAUUUAGGUCAUUCUUCCAAGUCAGACCUUGAUGAAUCUCUGUGGAUAUUAGGAAGUAGGUUUUCUGUGUACAGUUAUUGGUCAUUCUUCUCUAAUGACUAAGAAUUUCUAAAAGCAUCAGUGUAGGUUAUUGGCAUUACAAAAGAUACAUAUACAAGUUACUUUUCAUGAAUGUUACACUGUUGUAAAUCUUUAGUAUCAUUAAUAGAUAAGUUGCCAUAACUUUAUCUAAAUUUUAUGAUAUUCGUACAGAAGAAACUGCAGUGAAGCACGGCAUCUAGUUUCAGAUCUUUCUCUACCACCAGAUAUGCUUAAUAUCGUAAUCCCAGACUAUGUUUGUUUAGGGGGACCAAGUUGAAAAUAUUUUGAAUCUACCACCCUUAAAUGUUUUUAUGACUCGUAUUUUCUGUGAGGUAUCAGAAGUCUAAUUGAGGAUCAAACAAUAAUUGACAUUAAUAAUGUUAUUCUUAUCAAACAAUAAUUUUAUUCUUAGUGAGUUUAGUGUCUAAACAAAAGCCAAAGAAUACAGUGAUUUAGUAUUCAAAUUACGACUUCAUUUUCUGAUACUUAUAACUUAAGAGACUUAGUUAUACAAUAUAAUUAUGUACAAUGGUAUGUGUUCAUAAAGUGAUUAAAAUUGACAUAUAUAUAUAUCUAGAUACAAUAUAAGACUGUUAAAAAAGUCUUUAAACUCUGUAUUUCAAGUGCCAUUUAAUUUGUUGCUUUAUUAUGACUUCAGUUAGUGUUACAAAAUUAAGUAACUUGUACUUCAACAAAAAUGAGUAUAAUCCAUAAAUACAUUUUAUAUAUAUGUCAUCACAUUUAGAUUGACUACAUCCUUCAUUAAGGGAAAGAAAACAACAGUACAAUGAAUGCACAUAAAAGAAGGGCUUAAAUUUUGUAAACUUUUAUCUGUUUAUUUUGUUGUUGUUCUGAAUAAAGUUUAUUAUCAGCCUGGAAGCUCAGGAUAUAUAUAUAUAUAUAUAUAUAUACCUAAGUACUUUUUGUAUUAUUGUAAAGUUGGAUGUUUUAGUAAAUUAAACUUCUAAUCCACAGUCUACACAUAUACCUAAGACAGUUGUCUCAGCCCCAUAUUACCUAUCAUUU